GCUAUGGUUUCCCCUAUAACGUAUUUGAAUCGAGUAUGCUCGCCAUUUUUAUUACAACAUGGAUGUAAGGGACCAGUAACCAAAAGUGACGUCAAGAUAAGCGGGCCGAAAUCUGGGGUAACUCCAAAAGUGAACCAUACAAGCUUCGGAUUAUUGAAUGGCGCACACUAAGCAAACCUCACUUCUCCCAACAAUCUCGAAGAAGCGCCGUAGACCUGGUCGUCCCUCACGAGCCUAUAAUUGUUACUGUUUACAUUUUCAUCAAAGCUCUGAUUUUUCCAGCCGCAUCUACACCUUGGCUUAACGCACCCAAGACUCUCUGAGCACCUUGAAGUGCUUUACUCAAUCACCGCAAUGGCUGAAAAGUUCGUUUUGCGGGUCACGGCCGGACCCUCUUAUGAUCCCUCAACGCAUCAAUUGGUCAAUGUCAAUUCGCCGACAUCAAUGGACAUUUCCAAUGCGCAUAUGGAUUCAAAGAUAAAUGUUCGAAUUAAGAAUUAUCGCGGAUUACCCAAAGGCUCACCAUCUUCGAGCCCAUAUUUCUCUACACCUGCCCACACUAGCGAUCUUUACUCGAUAUCCUUCUCUUUUCGGCCGAAAUCGUCCAUCAACGGCAACGACCUACUUUUCGGCAAUGACUUUGACCAUCCGAUCCGCGACCGAUUACCGCCUGGCUUCAACACUGCAUUUCGCAUAGUCAAAUGGGCCAUCGAUCCUGGCCUGGAUGGCGACGUCAUGGCUGAUGAGCCUUAUCUAUACGGUCCUGCACUAAGCAGCCUCAAUGCCUUUCGCGUGGAAGGGAAAGAAAGCACUGCUCUACCAGAGAUGGAGAGCGAGGAAGCACCUUUGGAGGAAGGCGGCGACGAGGAUGGGCUUCAGCUGAGAGAGGAUCAAGGCAUUCCUGCCGAUGCAGCUGCGCGAAAGAAGCACUUUUUGGUGGAAAAGAAUCGUGAAGAUUUCGAAUUCAGCGAAGGCCGUGUCUAUCAAGCCGACUUUUUCAAUCCAUAUCUCGAUUUCAAUGAAUUUUCACUCAAGCUCCCUGGUUUUACGUUGCCGGUCAUUAAAUACUGGGAUGGCCAGCCGCUCCGCACGCAUUCUCUUAGAUAUGUCCUCCGCAAUCGGCAAACCAAAGAUUUAUACUUUGUGAUUGUCUUUACUUUGCUGCCGAAAGAAUCAGUGGAGAGCAAUGACGAAAGUGACUCGGAAGAGUCUGACGAAAACGAAGACGCAUUUGAGGAUACAGUUGAGACCUUUGACGAUGAUAUAGAUUAAUUGGGACUCGUAGACGGCGUCUGGGGGCUAUAUUUUCAGAGUUUAUAACGCAAAUCAAGAGCACUUUAGAAUCUAGCAACAGCAUUCCACAUAUCUUCAGAUGACACCCAAAAUUCCAAAAAAGUAAAACCGGUAUCAUUUAUAUACUAUAUGGGGU